AUGUUACAGGCCAGCAGAGGAUCUGUGAAAGCCAGUGGAAACUUCAAUGCCAAUGCAGAUGCUGAGGUCCUACACAAGGCCAUGAAAGGGCUGGGGACUGACGAGGCUGCCAUCUUGCAGCUGCUGACUGCUCGCAGCAACCCCCAGAGGCAGCAGAUCAAGGCCGCCUACAAAACUCUGUUUGGAAAGGAUCUGAUACAUGACCUGAAGGGAGAGCUGGGUGGCAAAUUUGAAACCUUGAUCGAGGCUCUGAUGACCACACCCAUCGCUUAUGAUGUGACAUCCCUCCACCACGCCAUCAAGGGGGCAGGAACAGAAGAGAAGGUCCUGGUGGAGAUCCUCGCCUCAAGAACACCUCAGCAGGUGAAGGACAUCGUCGCUGCUUAUAAACAAGAGUACGAUCACGACCUGGAGAAGGACAUAUGUGGUGACACUUCAGGUCACUUCCAGAAUCUUCUGGUUAUUCUGCUGCAGGCAAGCAGGCAGACGGGGAUCCAGCAGGAGAAUAUCCAGAGUGAUGCUGAGGCCCUCUUCAAGGCAGGAGAGCAGAAGUACGGCACUGAUGAAGAAUCAUUUAUCACCAUCCUGGGAAACCGCAGUGCAGAACAUCUCAGGAAAGUAUUUGACGCUUACAUGAAGUUGUCAGGAUAUGAGAUCGAGGAGAGCAUCAAGAGGGAAACAUCCGGAAGCUUGAGAGAUCUGCUUCUCGCUGUCGUGCAAUGUGCAAGGAGCAUUCCAGGCUAUUUUGCUGAGACUCUGUACUAUGCGAUGAAGGGUGCAGGGACUGAUGAUGCCACCCUGAUGAGAGUGAUGGUGAGUCGCAGUGAGGUGGACAUGCUGGACAUCAGAGCUGAGUUCAGGAGGAAGUUUGCCUGCUCGCUGUAUUCCAUGAUCAAGGGAGAUACCAGCGGUGACUACCAAAAUACCUUACUGUUGCUCUGUGGGGGGGAUGACGUGUAAACAUGGCAAUAAGCAGUACAACAGAAACCACACCUGAAGUGCCUCUUCUCUAAGUUGGCCCUUUGUGCCGUCGUAUCAUCAAAACAGGAAGCUAUCGUGAAGUCAAUAUUCAUCUCAACAAAACUUUCUAGUGAGAGAGAUGGCCCAUCAGGUCUUUUUAAACUAUGAUACCAAAUAACGUCUUUGAAAGGUAGCUAACACUUUGUCCACAUCCGCAUUAUAAUGCCACUUUUGGUUGACUAACAUCUUUAAGAUGACUUGUAACAUUAAUUUGUAACGCUGAAGUAUCAGACCACAAUUGUUUUGUGUGCACUUUGUAUGGCAGAAACAAUAAAUAUUUUAGCUGAUGAAGUA